GUUAAUUCUCGCCCAGGAAGAGGGAACAGAUGGAGGGUUGUGGGGCGGCCUUUUCUUUUUUUUUUAAAUGCCUUUUGUUUACACGGCUUCCAAACCGGAACAGGCAGCAGGGUGGAGAUGUGGGUGGAAGCCGGGAGCAUCCUGUGUGAGGAGCCCAGCGAAGGCAGGAGCGUGCAAGCCCCUUCCGGGCGAGGCCCUUUGUCUCCCGUCCCUCCCAGCUGGGAACUGGAGCGCGGCCGGCGGCUCUGGGGUCACCCCCAGUUUGGCCGCAGCUCCCACCUGCGCGGAGGCCGCCUCGGACUUCUGCAGGCCUCUCUCUUUAAAAGAGAGGAGGCCGGAAUCCGAACAAAGGCUCCGGGGAUGUGCCUGGAGCCACGCGGGGAAGCGCCCCCCCCGCCCACUCGGGGGCAGAGCUUCGCUUGUGUGUGGGGGGGGGGACCGAUUCCUCCAGUUAAAGAUCAUGGGUGGCGGGAGGAGAAACCCUCACCAGUGCCCAGCCUGCCUGCCCUUUCGGCUGCCUCGCUUGCCUGCCAUGACUUCAGCGCCUCAGCCAGCCGCAUCCGAAGCAAAGCCGAGAAGGGAGAUGUGCUUCCUCCAGCCCCCUUGCCGGUGCCCUCCUUGGGAGGUUGCAGUGAUCCAGGACUUGUGGGCAGCCAGACACACCCAACAUUGAGUGCAGGCAGCAGAAUUCGAAACCAGGACCUCCGGCUCCCCAAGCGGAGAUCUAUCCCAGGGAAGCGCCACCAGUGCUCGGGCGACGGCUGCCGGCUCGCCUUCCGCAGCGCCAAGGAGCUGCUGGAGCAUCUGCAGGUCCACUACAGGCCCACGCAGUCCCUGGAGGGGAAGACCUUCCUCUGCUCCGCCGUGGGCUGCCUGGCCUCCUUCCCCAACAUGCAGAAGCUCCUGGAGCACAGCAAGACCCACUACAAGCCCAACCGCUAUUUCAAGUGCGAGAACUGCCUGUCGCGCUUCCGGACUCACCGCUCGCUCUUCAAGCACCUGCACGUCUGCUCCGAGCACAGCAGCCCGGCGGUGGUGGCGGCGGCGGCCCUGAUGGCGGAGAGGCCCGGCUUGCCCCCCGCCCCGGAGAAGGACCCCCCCGGGAAGCUGCCGGAAGGGCUCCCCAAGCUCCCGAGCGUCAUCCCGCCCGUCAAGAAGGAAGCCCUCCCGCCUGCUGCCGGCCUGACCACGGAGGCGGCCUCCGCUCUGGGGCCGGACCCGCUGCCCGCCCCCGCCCCCUCCUUGGAGGCCCCGCCGCUGCCCCUGCCGGCAGCCCACUCCUACCCGCUGCUGGAGGCCUCCUUCUUCGGGCCCCCCUCCGCGGCCCUGGCGCGCUUCUCCGGGCCCCCUCCCGCUUCCGUCCCGGCCGGGCCCUUCCUGCCCUUCCUCCACCCCUGCACCUUCGCUUUACCUCCGCCUGCCGGGCCGAACCGCCUCAGGCCUUACCUGCCCGCCCAGGGGCUGCCCGUCUCCAACGCCGUCUGGAAAAAGAGCCAAGGACACUCCUCCAACAGCCGCAUCGUGUGGGAACACACCCGGGGCCGCUACAACUGCCUGCAGUGCUCCUACUCCACAGCCUCGCGGGAGGAGAUGACCCAGCACAUCGAAGACCACCGCAAGAACUCCUCCCCGCCUGGCCGCCUGGAGGGCGAGAUUGAUUUCGGGGUAGGCCCCCACUCAUUCCACCCAAAGCUGACACAAGAAAUGGAGAACUACUCCUUCUCUCCGCUCUGAGGGCUCCACGGCGCUGGUCCACGUUUUUUCCUUCCUUCCUUCCGACCCCCCCCCCCCCCCGCGGCCCCCAAAGGGCUAGAAAGGCUGACGGGGAAGCGUGUGUGCGUGUGAGAGAGAGAGAGGGUGUGCAGAUGUGCCCGGCAGUUGGCAACACGCUCUGUAGAGGGAGGUUUAGUGGGGCUGGAGAGGCCGAGAUAGGACUUCUCCUUUAAUUUAAUCUAGAACAACCUCCUGUGCAUCUCUCCUUCCUCCUUUUGGGUUUCUCUUGCUUUAAGGCAAAAGCGCCUUCCUGCUCCACGGGGCCCUUUUUUGUAGACAAUGAUCAGGUUUGCUCAGGGUUGGUCGUGGGGUUACUGCUGCUUUUGGAGACAGAAAGACGACAAAAAAGAUGUUCUGGAGAAUAAACAGGUCUUGUACAGACA